CAGGAAGCCAGCAGCCAGAAAGGGAGCUGACAGUAAACCAGCAGUAAGGAGCUUGACAUCAGAAGAGUAACCGCAAGAUUGGAAACCAUGAGUAACAUUAAAAUUUAUUAUACCAGCGUGUCAGGCUCUAGGGAGGUGAAACAAAGACAAGACGAAGUAAUGAGAAUUUUAGACUCUUACAAAGUUAAAUACGAGUUAAUAGAUAUCGCUGUCAGCUCCAAAGUACUAGAAGAAAUGCGGACUAAGGCUGCCUCUCCUAAGGCUGCUCCACCUCAGAUAUUCAAUGGCCAAGAAUAUUGUGGUGACUUUGUAACUUUCCAUGAUGCCAAGGAGAACAAGGAAAUUCUGAAGUUCCUCAAGAUGGAGUAAAUGAACAGUUAUGACAAAUGAUAGUUCCACCAUUCAUUACUAACUGUAAAAUAACUGUUCCAUUAAAGUAACCACCA